GCCCUCCUCGCUCCGUCUCCGCUCCUCGUCUGCGCUCCUGCUGCGCCAGCAGCAGCAGCAGCUGCUGCCUCUUCUUCUGCAGCUUCUGGACUCUCGAGCCUCAUCAAUCCGCCCUUCGUGCAAUCCACCUUUCGAACAUUCUGGACCCCCUUCUUCAUCUCGUCGAAUCUCCACCUCAUUCUGCGUCCGCGGAUUGUCGCCACGAAAGAAUUAAAUCCGGAUUCUGCGACCGAGCCGAUUCUUUUGGUGGAAUCCGUGCGUUUCAGGGCUUCGAGUGGAGAGCUUAGUGUUCUUGUGUUGGUGGUGGUGGUCGUUGGACGCCAGGUUUGGUCGUCUCAAUCGCCAUCUGGUUUGUGACGUUGUUCUUCGCCGUUUGGGUUGGCGUUGUUAUUUUCCCGUUGCUCAGCCGGAGGGUUCUGUGGCGUAAGUGCUCUUGGGGUUCGUCUGCUCGUAUCUUCGACGUCUUCUGCCCAGCAAUUCUUCCGAAGUGAUCGAGACCUAUCCAGUACUGCCUGCCUUGGGGAAACGGCUCUUCUGAGGAUGGCGGCUACUUUCCGGCUGGUGCUCUCUACUUCGUUGGUGACACCUGCCCGAAUUAACCGAACUGGAUUGGAGACUUCGAACAAAAGCACAGUCAGGAUACAGGGAGGAAGUGUCAAUAGUCGAGCUGCAACUGCACCUGGCCGAUCGGGGGGUGGUGUCCUUGACAGACCAACAAUAGAGAGACCCACGCCAGGAAGAGAAUCUGAGUUCGACCUCAAGAAGUCACGCAAGUUGUCGCCUCCAUACAGAGUGAUGCUGCACAACGACAGCUACAACAAAAGGGAAUAUGUCGUACAAGUGCUCAUGAAAGUUAUUCCUGGAAUGUCAGUUGACAACGCAGUGAAUAUUAUGCAAGAAGCUCAUAUAAAUGGAUUGGCAGUAGUAAUUAUAUGUGCCCAAAAUGACGCUGAGGAGCACUGCAUGCAAUUAAGAAAUAAUGGACUUCUAAGUUCAAUAGAGCCUGCAGCCGGCGGUUGCUGACCUUAACGAUCAUUUUCACCUCAUUGGUGCCGCAUCCUCUAGACGUUGUAUAAUACGUAGACAAUUUGUGUGUACAGACCAACCAGCGUGGGGCAUCUAAAUCUUGUUCUGUAGUGGUUGGAAUCGGGAAGGUUGGACUCUCAAGUCUUCUUCCUAGAGUCAUCAUAUCAGCUGUAGUCCUGAGUCCGAUUUUACACCGAGGUCUUGGAUGAAGUGUUGAUACUAUCCAUGAGGAUUUGUACGAUACUUGCUUCAAUAAAAACUACCUAGUCCCUUGGUCGAGCAAC